CGGCCCGGAGGGGCCCCCGCGGGGGGAACAUGGCGACGUCUAAUCUCUUAAAGAAUAAAGGUUCACUUCAGUUUGAAGACAAAUGGGAUUUCAUGCGCCCCAUUGUUCUGAAGCUGUUACGCCAGGAAUCUGUCACAAAACAGCAGUGGUUUGAUCUGUUUUCGGAUGUGCAUGCAGUUUGCUUGUGGGAUGACAAAGGUCCAGCAAAAAUUCAUCAAGCUUUGAAAGAAGACAUCCUUGAUUUUAUUAAACAAGCACAGGCAAGAGUACUGAGUCAUCAAGAUGAUACAGCUUUACUAAAAGCAUACAUAGUAGAAUGGCGCAAAUUCUUUACACAGUGUGAUAUCUUGCCCAAACCAUUUUGUCAACUAGAAAUUACUUUAAUGGGUAAGCAGGGCAGCAACAAGAAAUCCAAUGUAGAAGACAGUAUUGUUCGAAAGCUCAUGCUAGAUACUUGGAAUGAGUCCAUAUUUUCAAAUAUAAAGAAUCGACUUCAGGACAGUGCAAUGAAGCUGGUCCAUGCCGAAAGACUAGGAGAAGCUUUUGACUCUCAACUUGUUAUUGGAGUUAGAGAAUCAUAUGUUAACCUUUGUUCUAAUCCUGAAGAUAAACUUCAGAUUUAUCGGGAUAACUUUGAGAAGGCAUAUUUGGAUUCAACAGAGAGAUUUUAUAGAACACAAGCCCCUUCUUAUUUACAACAAAAUGGAGUACAGAAUUAUAUGAAAUAUGCAGACGCUAAAUUAAAGGAAGAAGAGAAAAGAGCAUUAAGGUAUCUAGAGACAAGGCGCGAAUGUAACUCUGUAGAAGCGCUUAUGGAGUGCUGUGUGAAUGCUCUGGUGACCUCAUUUAAAGAAACUAUUUUAGCUGAAUGCCAAGGCAUGAUCAAACGAAAUGAAACAGAAAAGUUGCAUCUAAUGUUUUCACUGAUGGAUAAAGUUCCUAAUGGAAUAGAGCCAAUGUUAAAAGACUUGGAAGAGCAUAUUGUUAGUGCUGGACUAGCAGAUAUGGUAGCAGCUGCUGAAACUAUUACUACUGAUUCUGAGAAAUAUGUAGAGCAGUUGCUUACAUUAUUUAAUCGAUUUAGUAAGCUGGUUAAAGAAGCUUUUCAAGAUGACCCAAGGUUUCUUACUGCAAGAGAUAAGGCAUAUAAGGCAGUUGUGAAUGAUGCUACAAUAUUUAAACUUGAAUUGCCAUUGAAGCAGAAAGGGGUUGGAUUGAAAACACAGCCUGAGUCCAAAUGCCCUGAACUGCUUGCUAAUUACUGUGACAUGCUGUUAAGAAAAACACCACUAAGCAAAAAAUUAACCUCUGAAGAAAUUGAAGCAAAGCUUAAGGAAGUGCUUUUGGUACUUAAAUAUGUACAGAAUAAGGAUGUUUUCAUGCGAUACCACAAAGCUCACUUAACAAGACGUCUGAUACUAGAUAUAUCAGCUGAUAGUGAAAUUGAAGAGAAUAUGGUGGAAUGGCUGAGAGAAGUAGGUAUGCCAGCAGACUAUGUAAAUAAGUUGGCCAGGAUGUUCCAGGAUAUCAAAGUAUCUGAAGACUUGAACCAGGCCUUCAAAGAAAUGCACAAAAAUAAUAAAUUGGCCCUACCAGCUGAUUCUGUGAAUAUUAAAAUUUUAAAUGCUGGUGCCUGGUCUCGAAGUUCUGAAAAAGUGUUUGUAUCGCUACCCACGGAAUUAGAAGACCUCAUCCCAGAGGUAGAAGAGUUCUACAAAAAGAAUCACAGUGGCAGAAAACUGCACUGGCAUCAUCUCAUGUCCAAUGGAAUUAUAACAUUUAAGAAUGAGGUUGGCCAGUAUGACUUAGAGGUAACAACGUUUCAGCUGGCUGUGCUGUUUGCAUGGAACCAAAGACCCAGAGAGAAAAUCAGCUUUGAAAAUCUUAAACUGGCAACUGAGCUCCCUGAUGCAGAACUUAGGAGGACUUUAUGGUCUCUUGUAGCAUUUCCAAAGCUGAAACGUCAGGUUUUAUUGUAUGAACCUCAAGUCAAUUCGCCCAAAGACUUUACAGAAGGAACUCUCUUCUCAGUGAACCAGGAGUUCAGUUUAAUAAAAAAUGCUAAAGUUCAGAAAAGGGGUAAGAUAAACUUGAUUGGCCGGUUACAACUCACUACAGAAAGAAUGCGAGAAGAGGAGAAUGAAGGAAUUGUCCAACUAAGAAUAUUACGAACCCAGGAGGCUAUUAUCCAAAUAAUGAAAAUGCGGAAGAAAAUUACUAAUGCUCAGCUUCAGACUGAACUGGUAGAAAUAUUGAAAAACAUGUUCUUGCCACAAAAGAAAAUGAUAAAAGAGCAAAUUGAAUGGCUUAUAGAGCACAAAUAUAUCAGAAGAGAUGAAUCGGAUAUCAACACCUUCAUAUACAUGGCAUAAUUUGAAGACUCUGUAAGAUGCCAAGAACACAAAUUGAAGGGUGCUUGGGCAGACAGCUGCAACAGUUUUUUGUGCUGGAGAAGGACUCAUUUUGACUUUCAUUACAUAUUAAAAUCCCUGCCUUAUCUUACAAGAGGACUAUAUUUUGCCAAUCUCAUUCAGCUAGCAUGAUGGCAUUCCCUUCAUGUUGCACACUUUAACAGCAUGUUGUUUUGUGGGAAACUUGCAUUUAUGAAGAGCCCAUUGUGAGCUUUUUAAAGUAGAUUUGAUUUACACCCACCAAGAAGAAUACAGGUUUGGGUUUUUAGAUGAACAGUACUUGCACACAAAAAAAGACCUUCAAAUACUCAUGCACUGAGAAACUGCUAUUAAGUUUGUUUUUGUUUUUAAAUGCAAUUAGGACUAGAAGUAGCACUUUCACUUUGUGUUUUGGAUCAACAGAGUAAAUGUACUGUCCACCUUUGGUGAUCCUUUUUAUGUAUAACAUUUGAGAGAGACACAGAUGCAUCACAACAGAUAUGUAUUUGUUACAGUAACAACCUGUUGGCUCAAGCAGUGCUUCAAUAUAGUAACUGGAUUUUAAUAUUGACAUACAAGUGACAUAAAAAUAUUUCCAAC